UCGACAUAGUAAGCGCGUAAUCGGCUAUUUCGAUUUGUGGUUGUAGUGAAAAGUGAGGAAUCGUGGAAAUUUGUUCUGUUACUUACUCAAAUAUAGUUUAUCUUACUUAGAUGGCAUGUCGCAGUAUCACACCAUAGUUCAUCUUGUUGCUGGAGGGCUUGGUGGUACUGCUGGUGCUAUUGCAACCUGUCCUUUAGAAGUAGUUAAGACUAGACUGCAGUCAUCUGUUGCAACUUUUGGACCAUAUAGUCAAGUUUCAUCAUCAGUCUCUUUACCCAGAUUCGAAUUUUGCAACUGUGAAUCCUAUGAGCGAUUUUCGCCAGUGAUAUCGCCUAAUGUUUCUGCUAGGCAACACCAGUCAUUUGGCAUAUGGAGGUGUCUUAAGCAUAUUGUUGAAACUGAAGGUGCUAGAGCUUUAUUUAAAGGUUUGGGUCCUAAUCUUGUUGGAGUUGCUCCAUCGAGGGCUGUCUAUUUUUGUACAUACUCACAUACAAAGAAUUUCUGCAAUGAAAGGUUAACACCUGAUACCCCUGUUGUCCACAUUUGCUCUGCUGCUUGCGCAGGGUUUAUGUCAUGUUCCUUAACAAAUCCCAUCUGGUUUGUCAAAACGAGACUUCAGUUAGAUCAACGAUCUUAUGGCAGCAUUAGUACUGUACAGUGCAUUAAGGAUAUAUACAAUUCUAAAGGAAUUCUUGGUUUUUACAAAGGGAUCACAGCCUCCUAUUUUGGUAUUUCAGAGACUAUAAUACAUUUUGUAAUAUAUGAAUUCAUUAAAGCCAAAUUGCAUGAGAGAAGAUUAAAGAAUCCAUAUCAAACUGAUAGGAAGUCUACAAGGGAUUUUGUAGAAUUUAUGUGUGCUGGUGCUAUUUCUAAAACAUGUGCAUCAUGCAUAGCCUAUCCCCAUGAAGUUGUAAGGACCAGGCUACGGCAAGUGGGUGAUAAAUAUAAGUCAUUUUUCCAAACUCUGUGUCUGGUGUACAAAGAAGAGUCUCAUCAUGGAUUGUACAGAGGUCUGGGUACACAGUUAAUUAGACAGAUUCCAAACACUGCUAUCAUGAUGGCAACGUAUGAAGCAGUGGUUUAUCUUCUAACGAAUUAUCAGUGUACAGUUCCCACAGUGCCCAUUCAGAUUUGUGAAGAAGAUGAAUCUUACUGAAGCUUAUUUUUAAUAUGCAUGUAUAUAGAUACUUGCCAAAAGUUUUAUACGUCAAGAAAAUAGUGUAUAAAAAGAUGUGUUGAUUUAAUUUUUUAUAGUUAUAUUUAACUCCAUUUUUGAUUUUCAAGUUUCAUAUCCUAGCUUGAAGUAUAAUUUUUUUUUUGGUUGUUCCUAUGGGAACAAUGCAUUUUUUCAUUUAACACUGAAUCAAUUUUUUUUUUUUUUUUUUAAAUACUGGUUGCUGCUAUUUCAGAAUGAAUUUGCAAGGAGUGGUGCUUUCUUUUGAAUGUGACAUUGUAAAUAUUUUAUGGAAAGGUUGAGUAUACAAGGUAGAUCAACUGUAUUUAGUCCUCAGUUUUCUAGUCUUCCCAUCCCUUGUUACUUUGUGUAUCAAAGAAAUUCCUUUUUAAGUGGGGGGAAAAAUAAUGAUUAAACAUUCCUUUGUAAUAAACUAGAACUGAAUUUUAGCAAGUUUUUUUUUUAGUUAAAUGAAAUUUGGAAUUUGCAAACUAGUUAAAAAUAGAGCUUUGAGGUAUAUAAUAGAAAUGAAUUUAUCUGACUCUGAAUCAUAUUCUAGAAAUACAUGUUAAAUCCUUGAAUUGUAUACAUUAUUUGUAUUUUAACUAAAGACUUUAAAACUUGUAUAUAAAAUAGUCAAAUUCCAUGCAAUAUUAUUGUAUAUAUUUCAUUAUAGCACAAGUGACUUGUUUUCAAUUGUAUAGUGUACAGAAUCUUUGAAUAAAAAAUAUUGUUUCAAAAA